AUGAGACGCGGCGCGGCCCGGACCCUGCUGCUCAACAUGUACCUGCCAGAUCCGAUUGGGGAAACUUUGUUCAAAGAAGGCAAAAGCCAGACGUGGGGCUCGCUGGGGCCAGGCAUUCAGAAAGGCAGUGGGCAAAUCCAGCUGUGGCAAUUCCUCCUGGAGCUGCUUUCGGACCGGGCCAACCUCAACUGCAUUGCCUGGGAGGGCACCAAUGGCGAAUUCAAACUGCUCGAUCCCGAUGAGGUGGCCAGGCGCUGGGGCGAACGCAAGAGCAAGCCUAACAUGAACUAUGACAAGUUGAGCAGGGCCCUGCGCUACUAUUACGACAAGAACAUCAUGACCAAGGUUCAUGGCAAGCGCUAUGCCUACAAGUUUGACUUCCAAGGUUUGGCCCAGGUCUGCCAGCCAGCAACACCUGACCACACCUUGUACAAAUUUCAGGCACCCCUUCCCUUCUCUGGCAUCUCCAAACUCAACAUCAUGGCUUCAGGAGUGACCCCAACCAGUUUCUCCUAUUGGCCAGGCUCCGCCCCUGCCCUGUAUCCCAGCCAUGGCUUGCAGGCUUCAACGCCCUUCAGCACCAUGGCAACAUCUCAUAUCAACAACAUGAACAGCCAUUACCACUAG